UCAGUACUGAUAUCAGUAUCUGCCAUUGGUCUAAACGAGAAUUCAGCGAGACGUUCUGUCAUUGCAAUGAAACCAAACUGUUCACCGGCCGUUAUUCGUUCACUGUCAAUUUUAGAAGAGCGAGAAAUUUCUGAAUCGAACGGCGUAAAUCAGGAAGUGAAUCCACUGCUAACGCAAAGUCCACUAUCCGAUGAAUGUGAAAAAGAUUCUUCACUUGCUUCGAGUCGUUAUUAA